AUGUUGGAGGAGCUCGGAGGGACUGGGCAGGAGCAUUACGGGCUCGUCGGGGAGAUGCCGGACGCCGAGGUCGACGAGGUCAUCGCGGCGCCCCGCAUCCCGUGCACCGAGCAAGGCACUAUGGCCCCGAUCUCACGCAUCCAGAAAUCGGCCGUCCACGUCUUCGGCCGUGCUUGUCGGAUCGCCGUGGGCAAGGAGCUGACCUCUGAGCAGAGGGCCUCCCAGGAGCAGCAGGAUCGCGACGAGCAGGAAAGCCAGGGAGAACACCGCUCGUUGGCGCCCACGGCGACGGGACUUGACAGCGUGAAGUUGUCACAGGUGUUGGACCAGGUCUCGGAUGCUACUGUCUCGCUCGUCGGCCGUGAGAUCAUCAAGAAUUUUUGCACGUCGUACCGCCAGAUCUUUCGCAAGGACCCUGCGGAGCACAAUGACGUUACGGAGGAGCAUAUCAUCGCCGUUCACCACAAGUUGGACGCCGACCAGAAUCCGUAUGCCGACUUCUCGGUAUGGCGGCCUUUCGGCAACCGCUUCCAUCGCAAGCAGAAGUUUAAGGGCCUUCAGCUGCAGCACAACGGAACUUUCAAGGAGGUGGAGUUAUACGGACCACCUACGCACCAGGAGGGGGCCAUGUCGUAUGAGUUGCUGGUCACGGCUCUCAUCGGCUUCCAAGCCGUCAGCCUUGGGGAUCUCCUGGAUUACGGCGCCCGCAUCAAGGAGUUCCACGACCAGUAUGGCCCGAAAUGUCGGUUAGUCAUCUACCAAGCCGAUGUUAGGUGCCGUCUGGAGCACAUGGGGCGCCUGAAGCGGAACCUCUGUGACGACGAACUCGCCGCGCAGCCAUGGACGCACGUGUGGCGGAAGGCGGUGGCCGACACCGACUUCUGGAACCGCGAGCUCGACAAGCGCGCGACACUCAUCAUGGCAGAGGCGGCCAGCUUGUCCGGGAUGGUCGCCGGUGACGCUCCCGCUUCUUCCAGGGGCGACGACACGGUGGCCGCACCGAUCAUCGCGAACGCCAUGGGCACGCCGCGCGGCGAGGCCCCGAAACGCCCAGCACUGCCGCCGCCAGGAUACCCGCGACCGGCGAAGCAGGCGAAGGGCCCUAAGCAACACACCGUCGUCAACGGGGAGUACCCCACCAACAGGGCUGGCAUCACCUUGUGCCGGAACUUCCAGAGCAACAGUUGCGACAGCGGGAUCGGCACCAUUUGCCCUCGGGACAGAUCACGCGCCCAUCAGUGUUCGAAGUGUCUUUCUCCGGGCCACGGCCCUUCGACGUGUGCCUUGGCGCACCGCGAGCCAGCGGGCCUUGGCCGCAGCGGCAAGGGCAAGGCCAAGGAAAAGUCGAACAUGUGA